CGUGGCCGAGGCUUCCCCAGAAUACUACAUUGGGACACUCCGGGGAAUAAAACGCCAUUUUAUGUGUUUGGCUCUGACACUGGUUACAAGGUAGUGCGUGGAGUGGCUAUUGUGAUUAUUAUUAUUUUUUUUUACACACGGCAUUCAUAUACGUGCAUUAUCAUCUCGAAAAUGUUGCUCAAGUACUUUGUGCCCGACAUGUACAAGUAACGUCGGGCCAAACUGAGUCAACUGUGAGAUAUAUAUCUAUAUAUAUAUAGAAAAAGGGAGAGCCGUGGGGAAAGAGGAAAGCAGAGGAAUUAUCACGACAGAAAGGAGAAAAGGAAAAUCUUGAUAUAUUGGAGGUGGGAGGCAACUGCCACGAGAUUUAACGACGUAAAGGAGUAAAAUGGUGUUUUGUGAUUUUAGUGCGUGAAUUGUUAUAUACCCUCAUUCAUAUGUUCAUUAUCUGAGAGAUCGAUAAAUCGAGAGGGUUGUGCUUUUGUUCUGUUUCGUUUGGUUCUGUUAUGUUUGUAAAUGUCAAUUGAGGAUUUAUAGUGAGUGCUGGAGUUCUCCAUUUUCAUUUUGGCAUUUUGUGAUUUGAGAUUUGGGGAUUUAUUUUGGAGUUAUUGGUACGGUGAGAGCUGAGACAUCCUCUGUUGUGAUUAUUAUUUUUUUUUCUCGUCGAGGGAGUUGAAGGGAGGAUUAAUUAAUAUCCUCAUCGUUGGAUUGGUGAUUUGGCAAUUACGAGCAGCCUCUGGAUUCCUCGUAGUUCGUACAACUAGUUACGAUGAGUUCGAGAAAUAUACCGUCGGAUAAGAUAAACCUACGCCUCAUCCUUGUGAGUGGUAAGACAAAAGAAUUCCUAUUCAGUCCAAGUGACUCUGUGGGGGACAUAGCUCAUCAUGUGUUUGAGAACUGGCCUGAAGACUGGACGGAGGAGGCAGUUGCCAAGGCUGAAAUUCUCCGGCUAAUUUAUCAGGGACGUUUUCUACACAGCAAUGUUAGGCUCGAUGCACUCGGUCUUCCUUUUGGAAAAACAACAGUUAUGCAUCUGGUACCCCGAGAAAACCUGCCCGAGCCUAAUUCACAAGACGAGAGACAAAAAAGUAAAGGAGGCGGUAGUAGUUGCUGCUCAGCAUCAUGCUGCAUACUCUAAACAUUGGCCGCCUUGGAUUACCACGAGAUCAUAAUUAAUACAUGUGAGACAAUGAGAAAUCCAAGCUGGGCCACGGUUUCUAAGAUUUUAUGGCUGAUGUAUAAUCGUUAGUGGCUGAGAGCUUAUGAGCAGUGUAGCUAAAUAAAAUGAAGUAUAAAAAUCAAGCAUUCUGGAAAUUCACCAUAACUGAUAAUUGGUGGAUAAGUAAUGAAAACCAAUUGAAUAACCAGCCACGUGAGAUGAAAAUUGAGCCAAUGCAUAUUUUCUACUAGACAUUAGAUUUAUUGUUGGAAAAAAUAAAAGUAACAAACCGAUUUAAUGGUGUUGACUACACCGUCGAGACGAGUUUCCGUAAUCCAGAUUAAAGCUAUGACCACUGAAUUAUCGAUAAUCAGAUGAUUAUGAAAUGAAUAAAGACUAGCGUCAGAGCCAAACUUUAUAUUAAUUUGUCUCUAGACAUCUCGAAUCGACGGAUUGCCAGUUAUGCCCAAUGAGGGGAAUUACAUCGCCACGUGUGACUCAUUGUUGUCAAUAAUUCAUGAGAUAUAUAGCCGUGAAAUAAUGACGAAUAACAAGAAAAAACAUGCAUUUGGCAUCAAAGUACAUCCGAGAUACGCCUCAUUCUCGCUUGAAAAAGAAUAACUGAGUGCCGCUAGACGCACCACGAGUCCAUUAAUAUGUUUCAAAUGCCUUUUGUAAUUCAAAAGUUCAUUGACCUCCUGGUGCAUGACUACGGCGUACAAAUAAAAAAAUUUACCGAGAUAAUUUUAACGAUGGAAAUAAAUAAAUUUCAUUACCAAACGAAAAACAGCGCAUGCAGGGGAUAAUAAAUUAAUAUCAUGUAGUAUUCAUUGCUCCUACUCUUCCCCUCUGCACAGAAAUGCUCUCUGAAUAAUAAAACAAACGAGACAAAGGAGAGAAAAUAAAAUGCUACAGUGCUUAAAGUCUCAAUCACUAUCCAACUAUCGCAGCGUUAUUAUAAUUAUUGUAGACCGGAAAAUGUGUGUGAGACUGUGACAAAUAAAAGAUUAAGUAAAUCAAUUGAGAAAAAAAAUAAUGAUUUCAAAGAAAAUGACAAAAAAAAAUAACAGGAGUGCAUGUGUUUUGAGCGAGAUUGAUGAAAAAUGAAUAAAUUUAUGUUGUGAUAUGCAGGUAGUAAAUAUUAUAUACAUACUAUUAUUAAAAUUAUAUAUAAAUAUAUAUAAAUAUAUUAAAAUUGGUAUGAGACACGUUGACAAGCAGUUGAACUCUCAUACUAUAGACUUUAUUAUCAUGAAUUUAGUGAAACAAGAUGAUGAUAUGGAAAAUUGAGUAAUUACAACGCCACUUUGAGAGUUUAGUGAUUCAGUGUAACAGAUGGUGAGGAAAAACUAAAAUUGCUGAGGAAAUGGACAUUGGAUCUCUUAUGGUAGUUAUGAUUAAAUCAAAUCUCAAAUAUAUUACCUGUUAGCUACUUUUUCGUCCCCCUAUUGCCGCCAAUCCUUCCCAGGUGAAAAUACGAUGAGACAAUUGACGAAGUGGAGUUUAAAUUUCAAAUGAAUAAUCCCCGUCCAAAUUUUUUGCGCAAUUGGGCCUAGAGUUGAGGAAUAAAAAAGGCAAUUGUAACUCGUAGUCCCAAGUUUAUACCCAAAAGCAACGGGUGAAAAAGCAUUCGUAGAUGAAGACGUUUGUUAGAUUAUUAACGCCCAAAAAAAUGAUAACAAAGAAAUGGAAUUAAAAGAACCGUUAUGAUACGUUUUAGCUUACUCUACACAUACUCUAACUAUUACUAACUGUACUGUACUAUAUCUCUUACCUGCGUAACGAAAUGAAGAAAAAAAAAAACAAAGCAAAAUAUGUAUAUAUUACUGUCCUCGUGUAGUGUAAUUUCAUCGAGAACAAUUCGACUAUUAGAAUUCUCUUUAUUUAUUACCUAUAAUUUUAUGUUUCUCCUACUUAUCCUUCACAUAAAAUUAUCAUCAGUUACCUUGUUCUCCAUCGACAUUUGAACGAUAAAUAGGUUCGAAUCGAUAAAUAAAAAUUAUAUAAAACAUCUCGUCUGUUUUGAAUAAAUGAAUCGUGAUCUUUGGCCUUCAACACAUAUCAGCAACAUUUUAUUCGUUUUCUCCCUGCGAUUCAAAUGCGCAAAGUAUUAUUGAAGACCACUCAAAGACACAGUUCACGAUUCCCCUAAUGAUAUACGAUUAAAACUCCUAUAUGAAUGCUUAAAAGCUCUUAUAAAAUUAUAAUGAUAAUAAACAAAGAAACAUUCAAUCCGAGUUAUUUCUUUAUGAAAAACAAUACGUGCUUGCACAUACUCCAGCAAUUGUUAACUGAAAUUAAAAUCAUUCGAUCCAUAACUUUCGUGUCAUUCUUCACAGAUUAAACAUGAUUUGCAAGUUGGAUAUCUUCUUUUGUUGAUUGUGUUCACUUGUCACUUUUCUUUUUUAAGUUGAUUAUUGUAAAGAAGAAAGAACAACCCGCAAAUAAAUGUUUCCUUGAAUGAAGUACGUUGA